AUGACAGGAAGGAAUCAAACUAUCUUCUCAGAGUUCCUCCUCCUGGGCCUGCCCAUCAAACCAGAGCAGCAAAACCUGUUCUAUGCCCUCUUCCUGGCCAUGUAUCUUACCACUGUCUUGGGGAACCUCCUCAUCAUCGUCCUCAUUCGACUAGACACCCAUCUCCACACACCCAUGUAUUUGUUUCUCAGCAACUUGUCCUUCUCUGAUCUCUGCUUCUCUUCUGUGACCAUUCCCAAGUUGUUGCAGAACAUGCAGAGCCAAGACCCAUCCAUUCCUUACGCAGGCUGCCUGACUCAAAUGUACUUCUUCCUGUUUUUUGGAGACCUGGAGAGCUUCCUCCUGGUGGCCAUGGCCUACGACCGCUAUGUGGCCAUCUGUUUCCCCCUGCACUACACCACCAUCAUGAGCCCCAAGCUCUGUCUCUCCCUGGUGGUGCUGUCCUGGGUGCUGACCACAUUCCACGCCAUGUUGCACACCCUGCUCAUGGCCAGACUGUGUUUCUGUGCGGACAACAUGAUCCCUCACUUUUUCUGUGAUAUGUCUGCUCUGCUGAAGCUGGCCUGCUCUGACACUCGCGUUAAUGAAUUGGUGAUAUUCAUCAUGGGAGGCCUCAUUCUCGUCAUCCCGUUCGUACUCAUCAUCGUGUCCUAUGCACGAAUUGUCUCCUCCAUCCUCAAGAUCCCUUCUGCUAAGGGUAUCCAUAAGGCCUUCUCCACCUGUGGCUCCCAUCUCUCUGUGGUGUCACUGUUCUAUGGGACAGUUAUUGGUCUCUACUUAUGCCCGUCGGCAAAUAAUUCUACUGUGAAGGAGACUGUCAUGGCCAUGAUGUACACUGUGGUGACCCCCAUGCUGAACCCCUUCAUCUACAGCCUGAGGAACAGAGACAUGAAGGGAGCCCUGGGAAGAGUCAUUUGUCAAAAGAAAAUUCUCUUUUCUCUGUGA